AUGACACCCCUGCGCCCCAUCGUCACUCGCGCGUGUUCGACGUUUGGCAAAGCGACGGCGAAGAGAACUGAGAAGCUCGUCGCCUCCCCUGCAUGGCGCCAGUCGCUUACCUUCAGUUCGCAACGCACGUUCUCUGCAUCAGCUCAUCAGCCGAAACCCGAUCCUACGGACGUCUAUCACGCUGGAUUGAGAAACACGGUUUUCACUAAUGAGUGCGAAAUUUCGAGCGAGUCUCAAACAAUCCCCAUUUUUCGCGUUCUUGGAUACGAUGGAAAGUUGCAAGCGGGCUGGCAACCGCCCUUCUCAGCCGAGGAAUGCCUUGAGCGAUAUCGCUUCAUGGUGCGCGUCAACGUUUGGGACAUGAUGCUUUACAAUAUUCAACGCCAAGGUCGAAUUUCUUUUUACAUGCAAAAUCAGGGGGAGGAAGCCUUGCAGACAGCAAUUGGUAACGCUUUGGGAAAAGAUGAUCAUCUCUGGUGUCAAUAUCGUGAACUUGGUGUUCUUCUGUGGAGAGGACUUCAGAACAACGCUUUCACUGUUACGAAUGUUCUUGAUCAACUUUUCAGCACUGCUGGGGAUCCUGGAAAGGGACGCCAGAUGCCUAUCUCUUACACCAACAAGGAAACCGGACUUCAAACUAUCUGCACACCCCUCACGACACAAGUGCCUCACGCUGCCGGCUGUGGCUACGCUUUCAAGCUGAACGGAGAGAAGCGUGCUGCUGUCGCGUUUUUCGGUGAAGGCGCGGCGUCUGAAGGAGAUUUCCACGCUGCAAUGAACUUCGCUGCCGUGUUGAAGUCCCAAACGCUGUUCGUUUGCCGAAACAACGGCUACGCAAUCAGCACUCCCGUGAAGGACCAGUAUGCUGGUGAUGGAAUCGCAAUUCGAGGUCUCUCGUACGGAAUGGAUACAAUUCGCGUCGAUGGAAACGAUUUUUUUGCGUCGUAUAUUGCAACAAAGAAAGCUUGGGAACUUUGCGUCAACGAGAGCAAACCUGUUUGCCUGGAAUUCAUGACGUAUCGCUUGGGUCAUCACUCGACUUCUGACGACUCCGCGCAAUAUCGUCCUGCUCAAGAAAUGUCGAUGUGGACACAACCAGGCAUUGAUGCAAUUGCACGACUCCGUUCCUUCCUCGAAAAUAACGGAUUAUGGGAUGAAGCAAAGGAGGAGGAGCUUCGAAAGGAGGCGAAGCACUCUAUGCUUCAAGAAAUCAAACAGGUCGAAAACAGAAAGUCGGUGGCAAUUCUCCCUGGCAUUUUCGACGAUGUCUACGAUGUGGAACCGUGGCACAUCAAGGAGCAACGAGAAGAAUGUCGUCAGCAUUUGAAGAGAAACAGUCAGCAUUAUGAUAUGACGAAAUUUCAAGGGAUUGAAUGA